GACAGCAACGACGCAGAAGAGGACAGAGACAAGGUCCAAUGUUCCCAGCAAAAAGAUUUUAAAAUCAGCCCUGUUUAUCGCUCUCUGUGAAGAUUCCGCUUACAAGGUCAGGCUAAAACGGCUACAAAAGAGGUUGGGGGCGUCCCGCGCCUAAGGCAGGAAGAUGGUGGCCGCAAAGAAGACGAAAAAGUCGCUGGAGUCAAUCAACUCUCGGCUCCAGCUGGUUAUGAAAAGUGGAAAGUACGUGCUGGGGUACAAGCAGACUCUGAAAAUGAUCAGACAAGGCAAAGCGAAACUGGUCAUCCUCGCCAACAACUGCCCAGCCUUGAGGAAAUCUGAAAUAGAAUAUUAUGCCAUGUUGGCCAAAACUGGUGUCCAUCACUACAGUGGAAAUAAUAUUGAAUUGGGCACAGCAUGUGGAAAAUACUACAGAGUAUGCACACUGGCUAUCAUUGAUCCAGGUGAUUCUGAUAUCAUUAGAAGCAUGCCAGAACAGACUGGUGAAAAGUAAAUCAUGCACAGUUUUUCUUUAAUAAAGCCAGCCAGCGCUCAUUUUAAAAAUA